AUGAAAUAUCAGAAUUGUAUCGUACCACUCACGUUCGUUUUUGCAACCGUUUUGGGUGCCGUUGCCAAUGACGACUACUCCGUUGGUGCAGCCGUCAUUUCCAGCGAUGGAACAACUGCAGGUCACGAUAAAUCAAAGAGCAAAUUAGGAGUUAAACAAUUGGAGGACGAGGACAAUCAUCCUACACCAGACCACUUGAAAAAACCUUUGGAUCCUUAUCAAAGCUCGGGCACAGUGGGUGAGGAUGCACCUGGGCCGCAAAAUUACGAUGCAUUUAUCAUGUCAGUGUCCAUGAUUGUGGUGUCAGAGAUUGGUGACAAAACAUUCCUCAUAGCUGCCUUGAUGGCAAUGAGAAACUCGAGAGUCAUUGUAUUCACAGCCGCAUUCACCUCGCUAGUAGUUAUGACAGUGUUGUCAGGUAUUGUGGGACAUGCAUUACCAACUUUGAUUUCGCAACGUGUCACUCAGUUCUUGGCAGCUAUUUUGUUUGUCAUAUUUGGAGCAAAGUUACUUAGGGAAGGGUUGAGCAUGUCAAAGGAUUUAGGAGUGGAGGAGGAGCUAGCUGAAGUUGAGGAAGAGAUUGCAUCCAGCAAGAUCAAUUCCCAGUUGAAUGAUAUUGAGGGUGGUACCGGCCCCUCCAAUAACAACUCAAAUCAACCAUGGCUUAGUAAUAUCGGUCAACAACUACAAAAUUUGGCCUCAUUCAUAUUUACACCUGUUUGGAUCCAAGUUUUCGUAAUGACUUUCUUGGGCGAGUGGGGGGACAGAUCUCAAAUCGCCACAAUUGCUAUGGCAGCCGGAUCUGAGUACUGGUAUGUCAUACUCGGAGCUAUAAUAGGACAUGGAUUGUGUACUGCCGCCGCUUGUCUCGGAGGAAAACUUUUGGCUAAAAAGAUUUCCAUGAGAAAUGUAACGUUGGGUGGUGCCAUUGCAUUUUUCGUGUUUUCAAUCUUGUAUUUUUACGAUGCGUAUUAUCAUGUGGAAGGCUAG